AUGGCUUCUUUGAAUUCAGUUUCUGUAGUUUUGGUUGUAAGUCUUGUAAUCAGCUGUUUUAUAAUAGCACUCGGAGGUAAUUUCUAUCAAGAUUUUGCUAUCACAUGGGGAGAUGGAAGAGCUAAGAUACUAAACAAUGGAGAACUUCUUACUCUGUCACUAGAUAAAACUUCUGGCUCUGGAUUUCAAUCCAAGAAUGAGUAUCUCUUUGGCAAGAUUGAUAUGCAACUCAAACUCGUCCCUGGAAAUUCUGCUGGCACCGUCACUGCCUAUUAUUUGUCAUCUCAAGGAUCAACCCAUGAUGAGAUAGACUUUGAGUUCUUGGGAAACCUUAGUGGGGAUCCUUAUAUUCUUCACACCAAUGUGUUUAGCCAAGGAAAGGGCAACAGGGAGCAGCAAUUCUAUCUCUGGUUCGACCCAACUGCAGAUUUUCACACCUAUUCCAUCCUUUGGAAUCCCCAACGCAUCAUCUUUUCUGUGGAUGGCACACCAAUCAGAGAAUUCAAGAAUGCAGAGUCCCUAGGUGUUGCAUACCCAAAGAACCAACCAAUGAGAAUUUACUCUAGCCUGUGGAACGCAGACGACUGGGCAACAAGAGGCGGGCUCGUGAAAACCGAUUGGAAUCAGGCUCCCUUUACUGCAUCUUACAGAAAUUUCAAUGCAAAUGCCUGUGUUUCAUCAUCAUCCGGCUCAUCUUCUUGCACUCCAUCUUCUACUUCGUCUUCCAGCAGCACCAAGUCAUGGCUAAACGAAGAAUUGGAUUCCACAAGCCAAGAGAGAUUAAAAUGGGUGCAGAAAAAUUACAUGAUAUAUAAUUAUUGCUCUGAUUCAAAGAGAUUCGGACAAGGAUUCCCUCCAGAGUGUGGCAUUAACCCCGCAGCAUGA